AUGUGGGCGCGGGCGGGGCGGCGCGUCCUCCGGGCCCCGCGGGGCGGGUGCCGGGGCUUCGCCCCCCAGGCCGGGUCUCCGGGGAAGGCCGGAGGCGGGGGUGUCUCCGCGGGGCGGGAGGCGGGGCGGGCGGCGCCGGGAACGGGGCGCAUCGCCCGCGAGGUGGUCGAGCACCUGGAGCGGCUGGCGCUGGUGGACUUCGGCGGCCCGGAGGCCGUGGCGCGGCUGGAGAGAGCCGUGGCCUUCGCCGACCGGCUCCGCGCCGUGGACACGGACGGGGUGCAGCCCCUGGAGUCGGUCCUGGAGGACAGAUGUCUUUACCUGAGAUCCGACAAUGUGGUAGAGGGCAACUGUGCUGAAGAACUACUACAGAACUCCCAUCGAGUUGUGGAGGAGUAUUUUGUGGCUCCCCCAGGUAAUAUCUCUUUGCCAAAGCUGGAUGAACAAGAGCCCGUCUCACAGAGCUGAAGAGCUAUUCUGGGAAGGGGUACACUGUGAAUACAUGGAAGCACGAUGGUACUUUGUUAUGAACACUAAAGUGCCCACUUCCCUCAGCAACCGGAAAAAAUCGAUGAUUAAGUAUUUUUCUUAGUAAUUAACUCUUCUGCAGAUAGAACUGGGAAAGAUCUAGCCAAAACAAGGCAAUGUGUUCCUGAAGCUAAGGUAUUGUCUAUUUCCAAUGAAAUGUUCAUUUUGGAAGAUAUUAUCUCCUCCCAAAAUUGUCUACCCAAUUGUACUUAAGUGAAUUUUUUUUAAUAUAAUCUGUUAGACAUUGUAUCUGA